AUGGCAUUAUUUUGUGAAAUCAUUAGGAAAAAAAGGAGCAAUCUCAAGAUGAGAUCAUAAAUUUUAUUAAUAAAUGCAUUUAUAUUUACUUUUGCUCUUACUAUGCUAUUGAUAGCCUAAAUUUUAAAUAUGGGAUAAUCACUAUCUAUUCUAAAUUUAUCCUCAUAAACUCUAAUGAUUAAAGAAUUGUAACAUUUAUUAAACACAGCCACAAUUCAAAUUGAAAAAUAGUUUCUAUUUUUUUAUUCCAGAAGUAACUUAUAUAGAUCAAAAUUUAGGUUAAAUUACACUAACCAAGUUGAACAUUUUAAAUUAAAUUAUUUAUACUACAGAUUAUAAAUCCUUUGCGAUAUCAUAAUUAUGCCCUUACAAUGCCUCUUUUUUUGAUCCAAAUCACUAUUAUCCCCUUUCUUGCAUAAUUUAUCAUUCUUUAAAUGAUGAUACUACAUAUAUAAAUUCAACAUAAGAUUAUUAAUUACGAAAUUUAUCGCAUUUAUUUAAUGAAAUGAUACUUUCCAUAGAUUUGACAGGAGAAUUUAUUCCAAAUGACUUAUUUAUGGUAUCUGAUAGUAAUAAAUACGAAUUUGCAUUUUAUUAUCCUCAAUGGAUCAAAUAUUAAACAUAUAAGCCUAAGAAAAGAUCAUGGUAUAAUUCACAUUUUAUGAAUCUUAAAUCAAAUCCUUUGAAUCAUACUUAAUUAUCUGAAAUAUAUAAAUAUUUCAAUGAUAGUGAUGUAUAUUCUAUGACAAUGACUUAGUCUUUCUUUAAUAAAACAAAAUAAGUUGAUGGUUUAUUUGCAGCUGAUAUUUAAUUAUAGAAUAAAUAUUUUUAAAGUAGCAACCUCAACAUGAUGAUUGUAAAUUAUGAUGGAAAAUUAAUUAUAUCAAAUUAUAAAAAUAUUCUUUUAGCAAAUUCAACUAAAUAUGAGUCAUUUGAUGAUGAAAAAACAACUGGUUUUAAUAAAUCUGAUUGGACAGCUAUUUUAAAUUUUAUUAAUUAUAAUUAAACAGUUAGCACCUGUUAAUCAUUUUCUUAUUCAUAAAGAUAACUUUGUUUAUAUAAUUCAGCUUAUUAAUAGGAUGUUUUUAUAUCUGCUAAACAAAUAAAAGGUUUAAACUAUUAUUUGAUUAUGUUUAAUAAUCUUCAAGAUUAGGCUUCUUUAUUAUAGAUGUUGAAUAAAUUAAUGGAUAGAAUUUAUUCUGAAUUCAGACAAUAAAUGGGCAUAACUGGAGUAGUUUGCUGUUUUUUUGCAAUUAUUUCAUUUCUUUUAGUUUAUUAUAUUUGUAGACCUAUGUUAAAACUGAUAAAGUUAUCUAAUAUUUAUAUUAAUUCACAUUUAGUAGGUAAAUCUCUUAAACAUUAAUAAUUAAAAAGGGUUUGGAAUAAUUAAGAAAAGUUUAAUAAUUUUAUAAAGAAUCAGGUGUUAAAUCACAAUCCUUAAAAGAAGAGCAGUAAAAUAAUAAAUUAACUUAGAUAAUUUAAUGAUUUAAUUGAUCUAGAACUAUUAAAGAUUAUUUGAUAGAAUUUUGGAUCAAUAAAAUAAAAAAAGUCAUCAAUGUUUUAUCAUUUAAUCGUUUAAUUACCCAAAAGCUCAACAUAGAGAUCUUAAUAUAUCUAAAUAAAUUGAAGAAUGUGAUUUCGAAUUUGUGGAUUCAGAUAAAUUUAAUUUGUUUUUGAUUAAUAUUUUGAAACAACUAAAAAGUCAGUUCUCAUAAUGA